AUGACACGUCGCGAGGCCUCCCUGCCCCUCAUUCGAGGGACCACUACGUUAGAGUCAGCCCUCGAACAAGAAGAGGACAUGCUUCUGGAGCUCGACUAUCCUGAACAACGCAUCGACUUUUUCGUCUCCCUCUAUACCAGCCGCGCCGAGAUUGCCAAGGUGGCAGCCGGACAUCUCGGACUUUGUGCAUCCGACACCUGCGAGCUGGGAGCCGUCAAAGAAUGGCUCCACGGCAGCUUCAAUGUCUGCAUUCCAAUCUAUGUGAGCAAUCACAAUCAGCCCCUGGCAAAGCGAGCCGUCAUUCGGUUCCCGUUGCCGUACAAGGUGGGCGAAUCGAGACAUCCGGGCAACGUGGAUGAAACGCUUCGCUGCGAAGCGGCCACGUUUAUCUGGAUGCGAGAGCAGUGUCCGGAGAUCCCGAUUCCGCGGCUGUGGGGGUUUGGACUGGACAUUAGACUCGGACGGGGUGCUGCAGCUCUCCAACCGGCCUUUAUGUCUCCGCCUGCAUCAGCUGGAACAUGGGGGAAUCCCAACCAUCAGUCCAAUGUGUUCGUAGACAACGAUUGGAAUAUCACAUGUGUGAUUGAUCUCGAGUGGGCCUGUUCCCUCCCGGCAGAGACCUUGCAACCUCCGUAUUGGUUGACCGGUCGCUCCGUGGAUGGUUUGACGGAUGGCUACUUGGAAGAAUUCCGACAGGCACAUGAGGAGUUUGUGAACAUUUUCGAGGAAGAGGAGAGUUCAGUCCCCCCUAUCAAUGAUGACCGUUCAUUCCGAGCGAAUCUCAUGAGGACAGGCUGGCAGAUUGGGACUUUCUGGUACCUGCAAGCUUUGGAUAGCCCAAAAGGGUUGUAUCAUCUCUUUGAACAGCAUAUUCAUCCGAUAUUCGUGUCCAGCCAUAAGGUUACCUCGGAGUCUUCCCAAAUGGUAUCGGACUAUUGGGCUGCGGAUGCAGAAACAGUCAUCACUACCAAGCUCCGCGAUAAGGAGGCAAGCUCCUAA